AUGAAGAAUGCUAUUGCUGUGGUAUUCCCAAAUACUCGCCAUAGAUAUUAUCUUUGGCAUAUAAUGCGAAAGUUGCCUGAGAAAUUGGGAUCUCACGCUGCAUUCAAUGCAGGAUUGAAGACUGCCAUCCAGGGUGCCCUUUAUGAUUCACAGACAUGUGAAGAAUUUGAAAUGAAGUGGGGGCAAUUUAUUCAGAAGUAUGAUCUUAGUGAUAAUGCAUGGUUGAAUGGAUUGUACAAUGAGAGGUCCUUCUGGGUACUGGUGUACCUUAAGGGAGUAUUUUGGGCUGGCAUGAGCACAACCCAAAGGUCAGAAAGUAUGAACACGUUCUUCGAUGGGUUUGUGCAUUCUGGUACAACGUUGAAAGAAUUUGUUGACCAAUUUGACAAUGCGCUCAGGAAAAAGGUGGAGGUCGAGACGACAGCUGAUUUCAACUCCGCCAACCAAACCAUCCCAUGUUCAUCCGCAUUCCGCAUUGAGAAGCAAUUUCAAGCAGUGUAUACGAGUGCAAAAUUUAAAGAGGAGGGUUGCAUUUCCACCUACGAUGUUUUGGAUGAAAUUACCAUUGAUGAUGACCAUGUGAAGAGUGUCAAGUACACUGUUUAUUUUAAUGAGGAGGAGGUUGAUUUGAAAUGCACAUGUGCGUUAUUUGAGAUGAGGGGGAUCCUCUGUAGGCAUGCAUUGAACGUUUGCCAGAUGAAUAAGAUUCAUGCAUUGCCGGAAAAGUAUAUCUUGGAUCGAUGGAGGAAGGAUUUAAAGAGGAGAUAUACGGUGGUCAAAAGUAGCUACGAUGACUUGCGAUCGAAUGCGGACUCACGAAGGUAUAAGUUCGUGGUUAAAUAUUGUGUAAAAUUAGCUACCCGUGUUUGCCCAAGUGAUGAACAUGUUACUGCAUUCGUGAGCCACUUGGAGGAGUUUGAGAAAAAAUUUCAAGGAUUGACACUUGAGUCCGGUUCAAGCAAGGUGAAAGAAACUAUAGUCACGGAUAAGAGUAAGAAAAUCUUAAGCCCGCAUGUUGUUCGAGGGAAAGGUAGGCCACCAACGAAAAGGAAGGUUCUGCCUGUGGAGAAGGCAGCAAGAAAGCGAAAGAAACAAUCGACAUGUAGGAAAAUAUUUGAUGAUGCAUCACAGGAUGGUGAGUUAUCAGAAGCUCCAGAAAGUGAUCAGGUACUUAGUGCAUGCAAGGAUGAUUAUGUUGUACUAACACAGUGCAGUACUUUCACACACCCAACGCCAUCGGAAAAUGAGAAGUGA